AUGUGCCACACUGUGAGCUCUGCUCCCCUCAAACUUAACUCCUCUCCAACUGCACCACAGGACUCACCUUCACCACAGACUCAACAGGGUGCCCUCUGCGAGGAUUGGAACAUCACCUGGUACACGGACAAUCCAGACUUCACCAAGUGCUUUCAGAACACGGUCCUGGUAUGGGUGCCUUGUGUUUACCUCUGGGCUUGCUUUCCAUUCUACUUCCUUUAUCUCUGUCGUCACAACAGGGGCUAUAUCCAAAUGAUACAUCUCAACAAAGCCAAAACUGCCUUGGGCUUUUUGCUAUGGAUAGUCUGCUGGGCAGACCUAUUCUACUCUUUCUGGGAAAGAAGUCAGAGCAUAUAUCGGGCUCCAGUGUUUCUAGUCAGCCCUACACUUUUGGGCAUAACAAUGUUGCUUGCUACCUUUUUAAUUCAGUGUGAGAGAAGGAAAGGAGUCCAGUCCUCAGGGGUCUUGCUCACUUUUUGGCUUCUUACCCUUCUAUGUGCUGGCAUUGUCUUUCGAUCCAAAGUCCUUCAUGCCUUAAGAGCGAGUGAUAAAAUUGAUAUAUUUCGUGAUGUCACUUUCUAUAUUUACUUCAUCCUGGUACUGGCUCAGCUGAUAUUGUCCUGCUUCUCAGACCACUCACCCCUCUUCUCAGAAACCAUCAAUGAUCCUAAUCCCUGUCCAGAGUCUGGUGCUUCCUUCCUUUCCAGAAUCACAUUCUGGUGGAUUUCUGGGUUGAUGGUCCAGGGAUAUAAAAGUCCUCUGGAGGCUACAGAUUUGUGGUCCCUGAACCGAGAAGACACUUCCAACCAGGUGGUGCCUGUUCUGGUGAAAAACUGGAAGAAAGAAUGUGCCAAGACAAGAAAGCAGCCUGUAAAGAUUGUGUAUUCCCCCAAGGAUCCAGCCAAGGCAGAAGUGGGCUCCAAAGGAGAUGUGAACGAGGAGGUGGAAGCCCUAAUUUUGAAGCCUACUCAGAGGGAGAGGGAGCCCUCUUUGUUUAAGGUGUUAUAUAAAACCUUUGGGCCCUACUUCCUCAUGAGCUUCCUUUUUAAAGCACUCCAUGACCUGAUGAUGUUUGCAGGCCCUGAGAUCUUAAAAUUGCUCAUCAAUUUUGUGAAUGAUAAGCAGGCCCCUGAUUGGCAGGGCUACUUUUAUACAACACUUCUCUUUGUGAGUGCCUGCCUACAAACUCUGGUCCUACACCAGUACUUUCAUAUCUGCUUUGUGAGUGGAAUGAGAAUCAAAACUGCUGUCAUUGGGGCCAUCUAUCGCAAGGCCUUGGUGAUUACAAAUUCUGCCCGAAAGUCUUCCACGGUUGGAGAGAUAGUGAACCUCAUGUCUGUAGAUGCCCAGAGAUUCAUGGACUUAGCCACCUACAUUAACAUGAUCUGGUCAGCCCCUCUUCAGGUCAUCCUGGCUCUCUACCUCCUGUGGCUGAAUUUAGGCCCUUCUGUGUUUGCUGGGGUGGCUGUCAUGAUUCUCAUGGUUCCCCUAAAUGCAGUGAUGGCCAUGAAGACCAAAACCUACCAGGUGGCUCACAUGAAGAGCAAAGACAAUCGGAUUAAGUUGAUGAAUGAAAUUCUCAAUGGGAUCAAAGUCCUGAAGCUGUACGCUUGGGAGUUGGCCUUCAAGGAGAAAGUGUUGGAGAUCAGACAGGAGGAGUUGAAGGUGCUUAAGAAAUCUGCUUAUUUGGCUGCUGUGGGGACCUUCACCUGGGUCUGCACACCUUUCCUGGUGGCACUUUCUACUUUUGCUGUCUAUGUGACAGUAGAUAAGAACAAUGUCUUGGAUGCGCAGAAAGCUUUUGUUUCCUUGGCCUUAUUCAACAUCCUCCGGUUUCCUCUGAAUAUUCUUCCGAUGGUCAUUAGUAGCAUUGUACAGGCAAGUGUUUCCCUGAAACGCCUCAGGAUAUUUCUUUCCCAUGAAGAACUGGAGCCAGAGAGCAUAGUGAGAAAACCUAUUAAAGAUGGUGGUGGUGACAGUAUCGUAGUGAAAAAUGCCACAUUCACCUGGUCAAGAAGUGACCCUCCGACUCUAAAUGGCAUCACUUUCACUGUGCCACAAGGUGCCUUGGUUGCUGUGUUGGGCCAAGUGGGUUGUGGGAAAUCGUCCCUGCUGUCUGCACUCUUGGCUGAGAUGGACAAAAUAGAGGGACAUGUGUCUAUCAAGGGUUCUGUGGCUUACGUUCCCCAGCAGGCUUGGAUCCAGAAUGCUUCUCUUCGGGAGAAUGUUCUGUUUGGCAGACAGCCCCAGGAGCGAUUCUACAAGACUGUGAUCGAAUCCUGUGCAUUACUUCCAGACUUAGAAAUCUUGCCCAGUGGAGACCGGACUGAGAUUGGAGAGAAGGGUGUCAAUUUGUCUGGAGGUCAAAAGCAGCGAGUGAGCCUGGCACGGGCAGUUUACUGUGAUUCAGAUGUGUACCUCUUUGACGAUCCCCUUUCUGCAGUGGAUGCCCAUGUGGGGAAACACAUAUUUGAAAAAGUGAUUGGUCCUCAGGGGAUACUAAAAAACAAGACCCGCAUAUUGGUAACUCACAGCAUCAGUUACCUUCCCCAAGUGGAUGUGAUCAUUGUGAUGAGUGAUGGUAAAAUCUCUGAGAUGGGCUCACACCAGGAAUUGCUGGACCGAGAUGGAGCAUUUGCAGAGUUCCUCCGAACUUAUGCAAAUGCUGAACAGAACAUGGAAGAUGAAGGCAAGAAGGCUGUGGCAGAGGAGGAAGGUACCAAUGGUCCAGCCGUUAAGGAAGUAAAGCAGAUGGAGAAUGGAGUUCUGAUAAAUGAAAUCGCAGGGAAACAGCUAAAAAGACAGCUCAGUAAUUCCUCCUCCUAUAGCACAGAACCUGGGAAGCACAAUAGCACAGCUGAUGUGCAGAACUCUGAAACACAAAAGGAUGCCUGGAAGCUGAUGGAGGCUGAUAAAGCCAAGACUGGGCAGGUAAAGCUGUCAGUGUACUGGGAUUAUAUGAAAGCUAUUGGACUUUUUAUCUCUUUUCUGAGCAUCUUCCUUUUUAUAUGUAACCAUGUAGCCUCCUUGGCUUCCAACUAUUGGCUCAGUUUAUGGACUGAUGAUCCUGUGGUCAAUGGGACACAGCAGCACACAAAUGUCCGACUGAGUGUGUAUGGUGCUCUGGGCAUUUCUCAAGGUCUUGCUGUGUUUGGCUACUCAAUGGCAGUAUCCAUUGGGGGCAUCUUUGCUUCCCGCCGCCUGCAUCUGGACCUCCUCCACAAUGUCCUCCGGUCCCCCAUGAGCUUCUUUGAACGAACACCCAGUGGGAAUCUCGUGAAUAGAUUCUCUAAGGAGAUGGACACAGUAGACUCAAUGAUUCCUCAGAUCAUUAAGAUGUUCAUGGGAUCCUUGUUCAACGUCAUCGGUGCUUGUAUAAUCAUACUGCUGGCCACACCCAUUGCUGCCAUCAUUAUCCCGCCCCUUGGCCUCAUCUAUUUCUUUGUGCAGAGGUUUUAUGUGGCCUCCUCACGCCAGCUGAAGCGCCUAGAGUCAGUCAGCCGGUCCCCAGUGUACUCACACUUCAACGAAACUCUCCUGGGUGUCAGCGUCAUCCGUGCCUUUGAGGAACAACAACGUUUUAUCCGUCAGAGUGACCUGAAGGUGGACGAAAAUCAGAAAGCUUAUUACCCUAGCAUUGUGGCCAACAGGUGGCUGGCCGUCCGACUAGAGUGUGUGGGAAACUGCAUCGUUCUCUUUGCAGCUUUGUUUUCUGUCAUCUCCCGUCACAGCCUCAGUCCUGGGUUGGUGGGCCUCUCUGUCUCUUACUCCUUGCAGGUCACUACAUACUUGAACUGGCUGGUACGAAUGUCCUCUGAGAUGGAAACAAACAUAGUUGCUGUGGAGAGACUCAAAGAAUAUUCAGAAACAGAGAAGGAGGCUCCCUGGUGUAUUGAAGAAACAGCCCCUCCCAACAACUGGCCACAGCAGGGCCGAGUAGAAUUCAGAGACUUCAGUUUACGGUAUCGGGAGGACUUAGAUUUGGUUCUGAAACACAUCACUGUUACCAUUGAAGGAGGGGAGAAGGUUGGGAUUGUAGGUCGGACUGGAGCAGGCAAGUCAUCACUGACCCUUGGCUUAUUUCGUAUCAACGAGUCUGCAGAAGGAGAGAUUAUCAUUGAUGGUAUCAAUAUUGCCAAGAUUGGGCUUCAUCACCUCAGGUUCAAGAUCACCAUUAUCCCUCAGGAUCCAGUGUUGUUUUCCGGCUCCCUGCGCAUGAAUCUGGAUCCAUUUGAUCAGUACUCAGAUGAGGAUAUCUGGACGUCUUUGGAACUGGCUCAUUUGAAGAACUUUGUGUCAGCUCUUCCUAAUAAGCUGAACCACGAAUGUACAGAAGGAGGGGAGAACCUGAGUGUUGGGCAGCGCCAGCUUGUGUGCUUGGCCCGGGCCUUACUAAGGAAAACCAAGAUCUUGGUACUGGACGAGGCUACCGCUGCAGUAGACCUUGAAACAGACAACCUUAUUCAGUCUACAAUCCGCACACAGUUUGAUGAUUGUACUGUCCUCACCAUAGCUCACCGGCUCAACACAAUCUUGGACUAUACAAGGGUGAUUGUGCUGGAUAAAGGAGAAAUCGUGGAAUGUGAUUCCCCUCCUGUACUCCUGCAGAAGAAGGGCAUUUUCUACAGCAUGGCUAAAGAUGCAGGCUUGGUGUGAGGGCUGCGGUUUUCUCCUCCAGGCAGAACCAAACCGAGCUGAUGUGCAUUGGACACAGAGAAGAUCCAGCGAGUGUACUAUAAUUCCUUACUCUUCCACUCCUCAAACCAAAAAUAGCAGCAGUCACCUCACUCUGUCUCUGCCCAUCACCUGCUCGGAUUCUGUGGUGAACAAGGGGCAGAUGCUACUUCGACCUUCUUGCUUACAUUGCCACACAUACACAGUCCCAUACAUAAAUGCUUCACCCCUGACCCCCAGACUCCAUUGUUUCUCCCAUACAUCACUAUGCUUACAUAUUCCUCAUGGAGCACAUCCUCCCACAGUUUUGCUGCUCUUUUCAGAGAACUUCUUCUGAAAGUUGGCCUUCAGGAGAAGUUGGUUGCACGUAGUUAGCUAGCUAGUGACCAAAUCCAAUAGACUGCCUCAAAUAUUUUCAAGAUCUAAAGCUUUAAGUUUCUGAUUUUUCCAAGAAGCUUCCUUGCUUCUAUAUCCUCACCUAUGCUGAUUUAAUUUCUCCUUUGCUGCAUCUCCACCAUGCUAUAUUUUUCUGGUUUGCAGUUUUUUGGUGAGGAUUUUAAUUACUGUACUUGCUUAUACUGUGCUCACCAGGUUGCAGUGCCCUACAGAGUGGCUGACAGUUUCCAGGGAAGUGAGAGGGUUUCCUUUUUAACCCUUCCUGUCCCUAGGACUCAUUUCACUGUCUAUUCUCUCGUGCAAUUUAUGCUUCAGAAAUUGUGCUCAUGGGACACCUUCUGAAGUUCACUGACAUUGAGAGGACUUCCUCCAGAAGCUAGAGGCAGCCAAAUUGACCCAGUCACCUCACUGUUCAUCCAAGAAGCUUGGCAGAAGUUGUUGAUUUUUCAGAUCUAAAACAAGUAGGGUACAAAGCUAUCCAGUACUCUGAGGUUUUUAUUGCUGACUUUUCUGCCUAGGGGAACUCAAUUGCAUUCCCUGUCCCCUCGUACUUUCCCUACCUCUUUUUUUCCAUCUUUAAAUGGGUAUAAUACUCCUAGGGAUCUACAUCACUGAAAUGUUCAAGGACCAGUUUAUGGUUAUGAAAUGCUCAGAGAGAAGAGGACUAUGGAUGUCCCAAGUAUUACUAAUUUUUUUUUAAAGAAUAAGAACCCAGUUGAUUCUUACAAGCAUUGUUUUAAAAUCUGAAUUCCUGACUACAGAAACCUAGGAUCCUGUUGAUGGAAGUAGGAGUGGAAAUUCUGACUCUUGGUGUCGGACUCUUAUCCAGACCCACCCACAACUUCUUCCAGGGAAGACAACCACCUGAGACUUGUGCCCUGUUGCUUAGAAAUGUUUGACAGUGCUUAAUUCCCAGCGGUCAGCUGAGCUGAUUGGCUAUUCUAUAUGUUCCUGGGAAGAAAUGGAAAAAACGUGGUUUCUUAGUGUAUAUUAUCUCAGAUGGAGAUUACAGUGAUAUCCAAAAGCAAAGAGAGCUUCCUUCCACUUACUCAGAGAUGCAGACUUUGAAUUAUGUUGCUCACUCCAAAACCAGAGAAGUAUCUUCUCUAAGAUGGGAAAAAAUAUAUUUAUUUUUUGUAAGUUAUAUAAUUCCUUAAAGUUGGAUAAACCAAGUUUUUCUUGGGUAUCUUUUUGUAAUGAAUACACUGGAAAUAUGAACAUUUGCAUAUAAUUUGCAGUAAAAAAAUUCUCUCUUUUUUUUGAAAUGGUUGUCCCCAUUUCUUACAAGUUCCAGCAAUAAUCCCAAACACAUCCUAAAAAUCAUAUUAUGGUGUUAAUGCCCUUUGUAUCAGCUCACCUGAGCAGGAACUGUCAAGAAUAGGAUACUGGGAGGAAGCAGGGCAUGGGCAAAGUAAUUAAGGAUGAGGAGAAAGCACCAGAUGGACAUGUGGAAAGGAUUCAAGAUAAUUGGUUGGUUCCAGUAAACUUGUGCUUUUGUACUCAGGCUCCUGACGGUCUGGCCAUUGGGCUGUGAAGCUUUGAUUUGAAAAUACCAAAUUUGGAAUUCCAGAUUUGAGGCACUGUAAAUACCAGAAUAUGGCCCUAGGUAGCCUAAACCUCAGUUCAAAUAAAAAAUCCUCAGUCAAGCAGUCUUUGCAAACUAUUCCUGGCAUUGAGGUUGGAGAAAUCUCAGGAUCUGGGUGAAAGUUGAAUCAACAUUGUGAGGUUGAGAGAGAAUGUAUCAUUAACUCCUAGUCCCCAAUACUACGACCAUGGAAACUAGAGCCGGUGAGUGCCAAAGAAAGACUGUAGAUGUUUACUUGCUUAGAUAAGUGCUUAGCAUGAUGCCUGGCACAUAAUAGGUGCUAAAUAAUGUUUAUUGACCAACUGACUAAAAGAGCCCACAAAUACUACUGCAACUAGAUGGCACAGUAGAUAGAAUGCUGGACCUGGAGUCAGAAAGGUUCGAGUUAAAAUCUUGUCUCAGGUUACAUCCCUAGGCAAGUCAACUUCUGCCCAAUUCAGUUUUCCUCAUCUGUAAAAUGGGAAUGAUAGUAAAGCUUUCUUCCUAGGGUUGUUGCAAGGGUAAAAGGAGAUAGUAUCUUAAGGGUUUUGCAAACUUUAAAACACUAUAUAAAUGCUAGCUAUUAUUGUCAUCAUUAUUCAUACAAGAGCAAUAAAAUGGCACAUUCUUA